AUGUCGGUUAUUGGCGAGGCGAGCCGGUCCCACAAACUGGCGACUGUGGGUGUCAUCGAGCAGAACAGAUAUGAGGUAGAGGCAGAUCCGAUUCGGACGAUGUCACCCAUCCGACAUGAGGUGAAUCCAUGUGCGCAGACGCAGGCACCAGGGGAUAACACACAUCCUGGAGGGUUGCAGCCAACAUGGGAGGCUAAAAUCAUGAAAGGGUUAGCUUCAGGUACCGUGCUCUUAUUGGCUCGCGGAGAACUCACUGUUGCCGCCGACCAUGGUAGUUUGAACUGA